GGUCAGUGGUGCUGUCGGCUGCAGUAGCUCAAACAGACACUAGAGGGAGGCGUGAGUUAUGCUGAAUGUCAGACUGUGUUGGAUACUGAGCACUUCCUACAGAUGUGAACUGCUGGAAAUAAAUGACCUAUAAGUAAACAUUUAUCUACUUUAAGAGACCAAAUUGAAUAUUUAAGUGUGUUUUGGUUAUAGAUACACAGGAACUGAGUUACUUUCAGGCCCAGUGAUUCAUUGAUGAUAACAUUCAUUGUCUUUAAUAAAUAAGACCUUUGUUUGCUCACGUUUACUGUGUCACACUGAGGCAGGUCACUUGUAGCUGAAGUAUAAUGGGACAUACAAACUUGAACAAUAAAAAGUAAAAGUUACUCUCUUUAUUUCACUCUCCGACACCAUACCCAGCAUGCAUCUCCGCCCUCUGUCCCUCUCUUUCUUCCUCCUCCUGGUUGCCAAGGCAGCUGUGGUGUGCGUUACCGUGACAACCACACUCCACGAUUUCCGAGGGUGCGCGGUGCGAGAGUUCUCCUUUGUGGCCCAGAAGCCUGGCUGCAAGGGACUACGCAUCACCACUGAGGCCUGCUGGGGGCGCUGCCACACCUGGGAGAAACCAGUGCCGGAUCCCCCUUACAUCCAGCGACAACACCGUGUGUGUACGUACAGCCGUACCCGCCACAUGACCGCCCGGCUGCCGGGCUGCCAGCCCAAUGUGUCCCCUCUCUACCACUAUCCCAUGGCCCUGCACUGCCACUGUGCCAUCUGCUCCACACAGGACACAGAGUGUGAGACCUUCUGAGGGACAGAGCAGCACUUUCAGCAGACAGUGUUAAAGUGUGUCACUGACAUGAAUGACACAGAUUAAAAUGAUGGAAUCAAGGUAUUUGAGGAGGUGGGGGACUUCCUGAGGGGGUAUGACAGCGAGACAUGUUAGCAAGAAGUUUAUUUAGAAAAGGCCUUGGAUGAAGGAUACUUGACUAAAAGUUAUCCCCCCUGUAGACUGAAGAACAUGUGUGUGUAUCAAUAUACAGCAUAUGUCUGUAGGAAAGGAGAAAUGAAUGAAAUAAAAAUAAGGAUCAGAAUAUUAGAAUAAGACUUCUGUGAUUCUUUUGCCUUUGUGAUGUUAACACUGAAUUUAAAAACAUUUAGAGACAUUAUAUGUGUAAAAAUAUAAUUAUUAUUAUUAUUAUGUAUAUCAACUGUAGCUUUGAUUAUAAUCUAAAAUCAGAAAGGUUAGUGUUAAUACAUUCUGAGUUUCAACUAUUUGUACUGUAUCUGUUUAACACGGCCAAAUUACCAACAGCUGCCUCAUAUUCACCAAAACAUUACAAUUUCAAGUGAAUUUGAAAUGACAAAUGGCCCUUUUUUUAA